GUUGCUCUGUGUUUACCCAGCAGUGUAGAUAAGGCCCUCCUUUUCCCCCUCGAGGGAAGUGACCACAGUCACACACACACAGUCACAAUCACAGCCGGGAGGCAGGUGAGAUAUCCGCCUUUCCGGAGGAAAAAUCGACACGUACGGGAAGAAUAAAGCAGCGACUCAGCGAGAGGCGACCGCAUCUGACCGGCAGGUAGUUUCAGAAGACCCAUGAGCGGAGCCGGCGGGGCAUCUUGUGACUUAUUCUUUAUUUUUUCUUCCGCCCAAGAGAAGAGGAAGAGAGUCGUCACAGAGCCAGUGGAGCCGGUGUGUUUUUUUUCUUUUCUUCCACGUCUCCCUCCAGCGUCGACGGCUUUUCGAACGAGUCGAGAAGACGACUGUAAAUAAAAGCCAAGAGAACGAGGCACACAGCCUGGAGGGAAGGAAUUAUCGGUUUCACUCUUGAGUGUCUUGAAACGCAGCGAGUGGGGUUUGUGGACUCUAUUCUUGAGACGGAUGACACACACACACACAGAACAAUUUUAUUUAUUUUUUUACGACUGCGCUGGAGGAAAGCCGGUAUGGAUGUUGGUUUCUCGAUGCGCUCGGAGGCAGCGGGAGCCAUGAGGACGGCGCUGAUCUCCGCCGAGAACUUACAGCUCACUCUGAAGACCGGCCUCAGUCAGGAGGAGCAGGCCCUCACACACACCGGCAGGAGCCCCACGGAGACGCACAAAGCCGGGAAUGAAGACCUUAAAGAGAUGUUGGAGAGCAACAAGGAGUCGCUCAAACUGGAGGCCAUGAAGCGGGUGGUUGGGCUGAUUGCCAAAGGGAAAAAUGCAUCCGAGCUGUUUCCCGCUGUUGUGAAGAACGUGGCCAGUAAAAACAUCGAGCUCAAGAAGCUGGUGUAUGUGUACCUGGUGAGGUACGCAGAAGAGCAGCAGGACCUGGCGUUGCUGUCCAUCAGCACCUUCCAGCGGGCCCUCAAGGAGCCAAACCAGUUCAUCCGGGCCAGCGCACUGAGGGUUCUGUCCAGUAUCCGGGUCUCCAUCAUCGUCCCCGUCAUGAUGCUGGCCAUCAAGGAGGCGGCGGCCGACAUGUCCCCGUAUGUGAGGAAGACGGCGGCCCACGCCAUCCAGAAGCUCUACAGCCUGGAUCCAGACCAGAAAGAGCAGCUGAUCGAAGUGAUCGAGAAACUCCUGAAAGACAAAAGCACCCUGGUGGCCGGCAGCGUGGUGGUGGCGUUCGAGGAGGUGUGUCCGGAUCGCAUCGACCUCAUCCACAAGAACUACCGGAAGCUGUGUAACCUGCUGGUGGACGUGGAGGAGUGGGGCCAGGUGGUCAUCAUCUCCAUGCUGACGCGCUACGCCAGGACGCAGUUCACCAGCCCCUGGAAGGAGGGCGCCAUGUUCGACGAGGACAACGAGACGGCGUUCUACGAGUCCAACUCCGAGGAGAAGAAAGACCAGACGGAGGCCACGGCCUACGUCAUGGAUCCAGAUCACAGACUGCUGCUCAGGAACACCAAACCGCUACUGCAGAGCAGGAACACGGCUGUGGUGAUGUCUGUCGCUCAGCUCUAUUGGCAUGUGGCUCCUAAGCAUGAAGUCAACAUCGUCACCAAGUCACUGAUUCGACUGCUGAGAAGCCACAGAGAGGUGCAGUACAUUGUGCUUCAGAACAUCGCCACCAUGUCCAUCCAGAGGAAGGGGAUGUUCGAGCCCUUCUUGAAGAGUUUCUACGUGAGAUCUACAGAUGCCACGCACAUCAAAACGCUGAAGUUGGAGAUCCUGACCAACCUCGCCAAUGAAGCCAACAUCUCAACUAUCCUGAGGGAGUUUCAGACCUACGUGAAGAGCCAGGACAAGGCGUUCGCAGCGGCCACCAUUCAAGCCAUCGGCCGCUGUGCCACCGACAUCUCCGAGGUGACGGACACGUGUCUCAGCGGUCUGGUGCUGCUACUUUCCAACCGAGACGAGACGGUGGUGGCCGAGAGCGUGGUGGUGAUCAAGAAGCUGCUCCAGACUCGGCCCACCCAGCACAGUGACAUCAUCAGACACAUGGCCAAGAUCUUCGACAACAUCUCGGUCUCCAUGGCCCGAGCCAGCAUCCUGUGGCUGAUGGGAGAAUACUGCGAGCGGGUGCCAAAAAUUGCACCUGACGUCCUCCGUAAAAUGGCGAAGACGUUCACGGCCGAGGAGGACAUCGUCAAGCUGCAGACGGUCAACCUGGCGGCCAAACUCUACCUCACCAACUCCAAGCAGACGAAGCUGCUGACCCAGUACAUCCUGAACCUCGGCAAAUACGACCAGAGCUACGACAUCAGAGACCGAACCCGCUUCAUCAGGCAGCUCAUCGUGCCCAACGAGAAGAGCGGCGCCCUCAACAAGUACGCCCGCCGCAUCCUGCUGGCGCCCAAACCGGCCCCGAUGCUCGAGUCUGCCUUCAAAGAUCGAGACCGCUUCCAACUGGGCACUCUCUCCCACAGCAUCAACAGUAAAGCCACCGGCUACCAGGAGCUCUCGGACUGGCCGGCGGUCGCUCCGGACCAGUCUGUGAGGAACGUGGAGGUCAUUGAGCCAGUGCAGGAGUCGGCUCCGUUGGUCGGGAAGACCAAGAAACCCAAAUCUGAUGCCAAGUUCUACUCGGACGACGAAGAGGAGAAGGAAGAGAAAGCAUCUGAGAGCGGUAGCAGUGACAGCAGCAGCAGUGAAGAGUCGGGCAGUGAGAGCGAGGAGCAGAGCAGCGAAGAGUCGUCCGAGACCUCCAGCGACUCCGGAAAGAGUUCCAGCGGCUCGGAGAAGAGCUCCAGUGAAUCCGAAUCCGAACAGAAGAAGAAGAUGAAGAAAAAGACCAAGAAGGCGCCGCAGAAGAAGAGCAAGACGACUGCUGCUGCUUCCAGCGACUCGGAUGAGAACGGGAACGGACCGGUGGCCCAGGACAGCAGCUCGUCGGCCCAAAGCUCCUCCAGCUCCGAGACCGACUCCGAGGACGACUCCGAGGACGACUCCAAUUCAGACGCCCCCCCGGCACAGCAGAAGAAGAAGAGUGACGUGAAGGCCAAAACCAAGGUGGAAGAGAAGUCCAAGACGGAGGUCUCCUUACUGGAUCUAGAUGACUUUUGUCCCGCGCCCGCAAACGCACCGAAGCCCGCGGUCAUCUCUCCGUCCCUGCUGUCCGACCUGGAGGGCCUCUCCCUCUCCAACGUCUCCUCCGCCAUGCAGGUCACCACUCCAUCUUUUGGCCCUGUGAAAACCCACGAGCUGCUUCACCAUAUGACUGGAAAAGGUCUGUCGGCCAAGUACCAUUUCCCCCGGCAGCCCUGUUUGUACCAGCCCAGGAUGGUGGCUGUACAGGUCAUACUGGCCAACAGCUCAGACCACAGCCUGGAGAAAAUCCACAUCGGAGACCGAAGCCCCGCGGGCCUGAGCAUCCACUGCUUCAACACCAUCGAGCGGCUGGAGCCAGAGGCCUCGGUGACGGUUUCCAUGGGUAUUGACUUCAGCGACUCGACACAAGCAGCCAACUUCCAGUUGUGCACCAAGGAGGACCAGUUCAGUGUGUCCAUCCAGCCGGGGGUGGGCGAGCUGCUGAUGCCCAGCACCAUGACCGAGCAGGACUUCAGCAAGGAGCAAGGUAAGCUCCUGGGCAUGAACGAGACCUCGGCGACCGUCACCAUGGCAACAGCAAACACCUCCAGUCAGGCCAUCAGCAAGCAGGUCCUGUCGGUGGCCAACGUCGGAGUGGUGUCGUCCAGCCCCAACGACCUCCACAGGUUUGCUGGCCGAACAGUCAGCAGCGGAGCCCUGGUCCUGGUCUCGCUGGAGCUGAAGGAGCCCUCCGCCGCCCUGCUCACCAUCAACACGGAGAAGAGCGUCAUGGCGUCCAUGUUGCUGCGAGACCUCAAACAAGCCCUCGCCCUGGCAUAGAGAUCCCGCCCGCCCUCCCUUUAGUAAAGGUAAAGGGGAACCACACUUCAUCAAAGAUGUCACAUAUUUUAUCUCUGUGGUUGAGGACAAUUUGGGCACUUUUUAUCCGAAAUACAGAACCCCCCCCCCCCCCCCCCCCCCCGAAAAAAGUAGCGCUUGAACGUGUGUCACUCACGGAGAAUGGAACUGGAAUCAAUCAUUUUUAUGAUCCGUGGUUAUUUAGAAAGGAUUGUCCUGAAUCACAGAGAUAACUUUAUGAAGGUCUUCAUAUAAAGUGGCGACACCCCUUUUAGACACACACACAGAGGGCAUCGAAGAAUAGAUUUUUAACGUGACCUUCAGAAGUCCCUUCCCAGCCAAUCAUCUCAAACCACCUGGUGGUUUACCUCAGCGGGUACUAUCUACAUGUCAUGGCGUCUCAACAUUAUUAUGCACAAACGGUUGUACCGACACUUUUGGGAGAACGCACUAGUCUGACCGCUCGUCUUCGUCGAUCGUCGGAGCGACUUUAGUGCCAAGAAGAAGAGAAAAGCAGUUUAGACCUCGUUACAUGAUGAACGCCAAACGAGCCUCUGACCCUGGCGUAGCUCCACAUUCAAACCUUUACACUGCCCCCCCCCCCCCC